UAGAACAACGUUGAAAUGGCGUCAAAACGCAAAGUGGAGUUUGCAGAGGAUACUGCUAUAACCGCCGAAGGUAGCGAUGAAUCGCGAAGAUUUAAAGGGAAACACUCACUUGACAGUGACGAAGAAGAUGACGACGCCACAAAAUAUGAUGUCAUGCCAGAAGAUGAAAUAGAAGGUCAGGAAGAUUCAACAAUCGAUCGUGAUGGAGAGAUACAAAUUACGCCAUUUAAUAUGAAGGACGAGUUGGAAGAGGGACAUUUUGAUAAGGAGGGAACAUACAUCUAUGACAAAAAAAAGGAGAUUCAAGACAGCUGGAUGGAUAAUAUAGAUUGGGUAAAAGUGAAAGAACAGCCAUUGUCCAAGACAUAUUCUGAGGAUGAUUCUGAGGAAGAGGUAAUAAACGAAGAAUCCAUUUUUAAAGAAAUGCUGCAAUAUUUGAAUCCAGGGGAGACAAUCAUGAAAGCCUUAAAGAGACUUGGUGGGAAGGAUGGCAAAUCCCAAAGUGCAAGUCAACGAUGGAAAGCGAAGAAACAGAAACUGGCUGUAAGCGACGAACAGAAUGAACAAAAUAUUAAGGACAAGGAAAAUAUGUUAAAAUUAACAGGUUUGGCAAAUCAGGUAAUGCACACUGGUAAUAUGGAAGUGUAUGAAAUGACAUACGAGAAAAUAAGUUACGAGUUAAAGAAAUUUGAAGAUUCUAAACCGAAGCCUGUUAGUAUUCCGGAGGGUAUGGAUGAUGAUGACGCUCUCGACAUGUUUGCAGAAAGUCUGGAUAAAGAGGAAGCAGAAAAGAGUUCUGGGACAAAAUCAUCAAACUCUGAAGAAAAUGCAACGUCAAAGGACACUGCCAAGAACUCGACACCUGAUGAGAAGGUGACGGCUCCAGCGGAGAAAACAGCAGCACCGGAUCCCACAGAGGUGAUGUGGGAAUAUAAAUGGGAGGAACAAGAGGAUGCGGAAAUGCACGGACCCUUCACAUCCUCUCAGAUGUUACAAUGGACGGAGGAGGAUUAUUUCCCGGAGGGCGUGUACAUCCGGAAAGUCAACACCGACAAGUUCUACAACUCCAGGCGGAUAGACUUUGAACUCUACACAUGAGGGUUGAUAUGAACUUUGACCUAAUAGACCCUAACCACUAACCAGAUACCCUAUUAUUGAAUUUUGUCAUGAAACCAUUGGACUUGAUUUCAUGUUGCAGAAGCUGGCGAUGGACUUUGAUCUGAAUUAUGAUAGGCGAUAAGAACAUAUUUUAUCGGGAGUCAUAGUGCUAACUUCAGAUGUGGAAUUUGAAUUUUAUAUAAAUACCUACGUAUUUAAUGAUGUCUAGUAAAAAGCUCACCAAUCUACAGUUGUAAAACAAACUGUCCAGUGAAAAUGCAUGCAUGGAAUAAAUUUUCCAACAAUUAAACCUGAUCUCUGCUGAGAAUUUUUAUUGACACCCCGGGCUUAUUAUUAUAGCAUAAACACAUUGCUCUUCAAAUUUCUCACAUUUUUUAUCCAGAAUUUACAUGCAGGAAAACUUCAGGUCAAUUUGAAGGAAACAAGACCCCCCACUUGUAUAACGUUAUCUUAAUUAUCAAGCAAUGUUAAAUCAAUGUAAAAUCUUGCUCAAACUUUAAAGCAGACUUGAGAUUUCAGGCAUAAGAUGUAAGUGGGAUGGCACCUCAGAUGAGAAGACUUAUUUGAAACAUCUUUUUAUUUUAUGUAGUGCAAUUCGCUUACAAUAAUUCAAAGGCAGAUUACAGUAUACAUGUAUGUACAUUCAUAUUUGAUAAAUUGAAAGUGAAUUGAAAGAUUUUUUUUUUAAUCCUCAUUAUGGACUUAUUCAUUUGCUAACUUUUUUGUCAUUUAUGUUAGGUACUCCUUAGAAUUUAAGUUUUCAAAAAUGUACGGAAUUUUAUAAACUGUUGGAAAAAAUGAAAUAUAUUUAUGCAUGUUGUUUGACCUCAAUGGCAGCAGUACUAUAUAUAGUACAAUGAUAAAAUACACCAGAUUGUGUGAUUACAAUCUCAUUAAAAGAAGAAUUCCAAA